AUGGGCAUUGGAUCAAUGCAACGUUUAACAAAGCUGUUGACGCCACAGCAGAUGGCAGAAGUGAUCAGAAAAGAGUUCCGGCCUUCACCGUGUGAUGAUUCUCCGGUGAUCACCAAUAGUACUAUUCCAACCACCUUGCCAACAAGUAUUUCCAUAAAAGAUAUUGAAGGAAUGAACUCAAUUUUAUCUGCAUCGCCAAACCCUUCUUCAACUGUGAGAUUUAUGUCAUUUGGGAAUGAAGAAGCAAUGGAACAUCAAAUGAAUGACUUUGAAAUUUUAGAUUCUUAUAAAAAUACUCCAAAAUCAUACAAUGAACCAUCAAGCUUCAAUGAUUCAGUGAGUGGGAAUAAACCACCUUCUUCCUCUUAUUCUAAAGAUCAUGUUCUUGCUGAAAGGAAGCGGAGAGAAAAGCUCAGUCGGCUCUUCGCCAGUCUAUCUACAACCAUUCCUUGGCAUCAGAAGAAUGACAAGGAUAGCCUUCUUGGGAACACAGUGGAUUACAUCAAAGAACUCCAAUCAAAGGUCAAAGCUUUAGAAGAUGUGAUUGAAACUCCUGUUGAAUCAGUUGUUCUUGUUAGGAAACCUCCAUUGAUGAACAUGGAUGAGAACUCUAUGUUCUCAAUUGGAAGCCCCUCAAGAUCUCAACAAAUUUCUCUUAAGAUUGAAGUCAAGCUCAAUGGGAAGAGUGUUAUGAUAAAAGUACAGUGUAAAAACCAAAAAGGACUUGUUGUGAAGGCACUCUCAGAGAUUGAGAAGCUUCCCAUGACCAUCACCACCACUAACAUCAUGCCAUUUGGUGAUUCAUCACUUGAUAUUGUUAUCAUGGCCGAAGUUGAAGAUGGAGUCUCCAUGAUAGUGAAGGAUCUUGUGGAGAAUCUAAGCUCAACUUUUAGCCAGAUCUUGUGGAGAUGUCCGUAG